UCACGGGCCCUCCGGCAGUCGGACCGGGGGGCGCGCAGAUGGUCGUCCCCACUUUCCCGCCGGGGCCUUUGCAGGCGCAGCAGCAGCAGAUGGCGGCGGUAGCGGCGGCGGCGGCAGCAGCUACGGCGGCGGCGGCGGGGGGCAACAACGCGAUGAACCCGCACCACAUGGCAGGCGUUGUGCCGCCGCACGUGAUGGCGGGGGCGCGGGGACCCAUGCCGCCUCAGCAGUUCCCGCAGCCCAUGUAUCGGGCGGCGAUGGGACAGCCUCCGCAGAUGUUCAUGCAACCGCCUCGCAUGCCGAUGGCUCCGGGGCAGAUCCAAGGCUUUCCGCCGCAGGGGAUUCAGGUCGUGGGCCAGCCAGGGGGGGCGGCGCCCCCCCCGGGAUCUCCCUUCUAUCACGGCCAGAUGCAGAUGGCCCAGCAGCAGCAGCAGCAGCAGCCGCAGCAGCAACCGGGACAGCCGCAGCUUCAGCUGCCGCCACCACAGAUCCCGGUGCCGCAAGGCCAACAGCAGCAGCAGCAGCAGCAGCAGCCCCAGCAGCAGCAACAGCAGCAGAGAGGUUUCCCAAUGAUGCCGGGACACCCCGGGGCGGGCGGGGCUCCCCCGCCCUCCCACCCCGCCCCUCCCCAGACACCUCCUCAGUCGCAGAGACCGGGGAACGCGGGCGGAAUGGGCGGCAUGCGGCCCGGGGGCGCGGGGGGUCCGCACGAGCACGGGGGGGAUGGACACGGCGACGACUCGGGAGGCGGCCACUCGCGAAGAGGGCGCGGAGGCGGCAGGGGGGGUAGGGGGGGCUUGUCGAGACAAAACAGCGCCAACAGAAAACACAGGGGCGGAAGCGGCGGUUCUUGAAGAGGCAGCAGCCGCGCGCCCGUUAUUUCCGCCGCGACUUGUUUUUUCGUCUCGACAAAGUCUCUCUCUUGACGUGCCUCCCUCUGGGACGCGGGCCGGGUGAAAUCCGGUGACUGGAACGAGUGGAGACUACGCAGAUACAGUACUUUUUAUUUACCCCGGGAAGAUGGAUGCCACUUUUUGGGUGUGUGGUUGAGUUCGGGCGGUGUGUUGUGUGUGUGUGGAGUGAGUGAGUGGUAAUGUGUCCCGAAGCAUCUUGAAUUGCCGUGUAUGAUGUACGAGAUGAAAGCGACACCUUUCUUGCGGAGAGUCUUGUGUGUUCCUUGGUGAAGGUGGUGGUUGUGUUGGGCAGGGGUUGGAGCGCCGAUUUUUUUUUUGCGGCUGGUGAACGAACCAUGAACUGGUUGGUGUCCACGGCCUGGGAUAUAUGGGAUUGUGUCGGUGGAAAAAUGAAUGCUUUUCGAUCGAGUCUGUGUUGGUGGGUAACUGGAACGCGCGAGAGGACGUCGAGGGUGACGACAGAUCGGAAUAAUGCUUUUUCUUUCCGCGGGACGAGAGGUUGCGUGAUGCCGUGCGCCUGCCUGCAUGAUUCCCCACGUAUUCCUCCUUGGUGGUGGUUUGUCGUUUGUCGCAGUGUGCAUUUUUUUUUUUUCCUGUUUUGCUCGAAGGAAAAAGUUGGCGCUUUACUGGCCUUGCCUGCAGGCGGUAGAGGCGGAGAAUGGGGGCAGGCAAGUGAGAUAUCAUUAUCCUUCAGUUGAUUGCCCGCGGGAAGAUGAUUUCCACACAUGUUUGCCCCGUGAGAGCUCCUCGAUGUACUUACACCGGCGGAUCAACAUGCUUCGAGCAUCCGAAGGGACGAAACGCUCUCAGGAUUUACCCUUUUACGUCGUACGU